UGAUCAGUAAUAAUGGAGUUGUACUAGUAUCUCCAUUCGACGCUUGAAACUUUGUUUUAACAAAAAAUAAUUUUUAAAAAUAUAGUUUCCUUAUCGUCGACGUAAUUACAUGUAGAUAACAUAUGUUCACACUCUACCAGCAGUGUUGGUACCAGCCGUACCAGCUGUCCCCUCUGCUAAAAUAGCUGACCAUUUAUUCACCGAUUAUACUCAAGACUGAAGUUAAGUCGUCAUGUACUACGGCUUCAAAACUGUUUAAGCAGCCUACUUUCUCUAUUAUAACUUUUAAAUUCCACCUGUUUUUAAUGUUCAUUAGAAUCUAACGCGAUAUUGUUGCAGCAAUGUCGAAAAAUUGCCGCUAAUGUGUGACAUUCUAUUUACCUACCAAUAACCGACAUGAGAUUAAGUUAAUACAGUAACAAUUGAAUAGCGUUUACUUUUAUCGGAUUGUUAUUAAGUCCAUAAAAAGAUAAUUUGAAUUUAAUUGCGUAUUGUUCGGGAAUCUGCGUCGAUAUUUUUUUCGCAUUUUGUGAUAAAAGUUGCUACGUCGAAGGCAUGGAUGUUACGGCUAGAAAUAGUUCUACUAAUUUUUCACUAACAGAAAAUGAUGACUUUCUGGAGAAAAUUGUUGAAGUUUCCGAGGAGAUAACUGCUAAAAACCUUGUUACUGUGAUAGUUAUUGCUGUUUCAGCUGUAGUCAUAAUAGGGCUUCUUUUUGUGAUUGCAGUUUUUAUAGAUUGUAGACAACAAAAACAAGAGAAAACCAAAUUGAUGAAAAAGUUAACAUCAAAGAAGAUUUUAAAACUGCCAAAAUUUGGAAGAGGUGUUUCAGAGGAUAGAGAAGGUUUUGCUAAUAAAAUUGUCGUUGAAAAUUCGACACCAGUGAAUGUCUCUGUAAUUGAAACGUAACUGUUUUAAUUUUAAAAGUUGACAGAAUUUAAAGAUGUAUUUAUUUAAAAUAGGUAAAUGAAAAAGACUGAAUUGUAGUACCUAAAUUUUGUAUACAUGCAAUUAGUAUUUUUUCCAUUAUUGUAUAUAGGCGGUGUAAUGUUUAGUAAAAUAUGGAAUUGUAGAAAAUAUAUUGUUUCUAAAUGUG